UGGCCGUAGCACGCAGGGGUUCCGGCUCCUCGUCUUGGGGCAUCUCAGAAAAUCCACACCCUUCUCCCCGCCUACCUGGGGAGACCUGGGUCCUAGAUUUGGCGCAGCCACUGCCUAUGUAUCUUCCUACUUCCUAGAGCCUCAGUUUGACCUUUGUGAAAUAGGGUGUUUGAAGGGUCUUUGCGGCCCCUAGUCCUGAGGAACUUUACUCUGGACGCUUCCAGCUGUACUCCAGGAUUUGGGGGAAGCCAAGAGAGUAACAAUUCCAGAGGCUUCCUGGAGUAGUUGAUUGUUGAGAAGAAUGAAGUUAGGUGGCAUUAAGUUCUUGCCAUCUUAAGUAUGAUCAGUUGAGUCUCAGCCACUCGGUCAUACUUUUUGUUACCUAAUUUUCUUUCUUUUGUAAAUGCCCAAGCUCUGCCCAGAAGAGGGCAGGCCCAGGGCCUGGAGGUAAAAAGUUGGGGGUGGUAGGGGUGACCUGGGGAGCUGCCACCAUGCAUCUGCCUUUGGUGCUUGUCCCUGCAGGGAGUGCUUGGUGCCUCCUCACAAUGCCAUCCCUGUCCCCAUGAUGCCCCCGUCUCGCUGGCUGAGAUCUAUGGGGGUCUUCUUGCUACCAGUCCCCUGCUGGGUGCCACUGGAGAGGUGGCUGGGUCCCCUACGGCAGCUCUCCCUGGUGCACCGGGGCUCAGUCCUGGGGGCAUGGCACAGUGCCCGCUGCUGGUGCCAAGUGUGGACAGAGGAGCCUCGAGUACUUUAUUCCUCACAUAGAAUGAAUGGAGACCAGAAAUUGGAUGUUUAUGACCAAAAAAAGCAGAAUUUCAUGCAGCACUUCUCCCAGAUCAUCAAGGUGCUGACUGAGGAUGACACGGGUUACCCAGAUGCAGGAGAUGCUAUUGCCCGGCUCAAGGAGGUCCUGGAGUACAAUGUCAUUGGAGGGAAGCACCAACGGGGUAUGACGGUGCUGACAACAUUCCAGGAUCUGGUGGAACCAGCGAAGCAGGAUGCUGAGAGUCUCCAGCGGGCCAUGAUUGUGGGCUGGUGUGUGGAACUGCUCCAAGCUUUCUUUCUGGUGGCAGACGACAUUAUGGAUUCAUCCCUCACCCGACGGGGACAGAUCUGCUGGUAUAAGAAGCCAGGCGUAGGUUUGAAUGCGGUCAAUGAUGUUCUCCUUCUAGAAGCAUGUAUCUUCCGACUGCUGAAGCUCUACUGCCGGGAGCAGCCUUAUUACCUGAACCUGAUGGAACUCUUCCUGCAGAUUUCCUAUCAGACUGAGAUUGGACAGACCUUGGACCUCAUCACAGGCCCGCAGGGCAACGUAGAUCUUGGCAGAUUCACUGAAAAGAGGUACAAAUCUAUUGUCAAAUAUAAGACAGCUUUCUACUCCUUCUACCUUCCCGUAGCUGCUGCCAUGUAUAUGGCGGGCAUUGAUGGGGAGAAGGAACACACCAAUGCCAAGAAGAUCCUGCUGGAGAUAGGAGAGCUCUUUCAGAUUCAGGAUGAUUACCUUGACCUCUUUGGGGACCCCAGUGUGACAGGCAAGAUUGGCACUGACAUCCAGGACAACAAAUGCAGCUGGCUGGUAGUUCAGUGUCUGCAACGGGCCUCUCCGGAACAGCGCCAGAUCCUGCAGGAGAAUUAUGGGCAGAAAGACGCUGAGAAGGUGGCCCGGGUGAAGGCACUGUACGAGGAGCUGAAUCUGCAGGCUGUGUUCCUGCAGUAUGAGGAAGAGAGUUACAGACACCUUCUGGAUCUCAUCGAGCGGUACUCUUCGCCCCUGCCCCCAGCCAUCUUCCUGAGGCUAGCACACAAGAUCUACAAGCGGAAAAAGUGACCUAGAGACUGCCAGGGUGGGGAGGGGAGGCUCUCAAUAAAUUACAGUAAAUCCUCA